CGUCAGGAAGGGGGGGGGACUAAGGUCAUCAGGCUGAAAGGGCUCCAUAAUUAAUACGGGGGGUACAGCUUCAAAGUGUCCCUUCCCUAAUAGCACAUGAUCGAGUUUACCCUCUGAAGGUAAUUAGGCAGGUAGACGCAUACAAAGCGUCCUGCCAAGUGCAUAUAAUUCUAAUCUUGCGAGAUGGACGCUUGAAGGCAUACCAUUUGAAGGUGAGUGACCUGGUUGGACAGAAUGGUUUCGAAAAGCCUGGCCAAUUGGUCAGACAGGGUAGACACCCAGGUCAGUGAGGGCAACCAGGCGGAGGCGGAGACGCUCCUCCUUAGUGUGAUCAAAGAUGCAGAAAGCAGAGGGGAAGAAAGCCUGGGCCUUGCAGCAGCUCUGAACGACCUUGGAUUGCUCUAUUGCAAGCAGGGACUGACCCUGAAAGCAGACCCACUGCUCCAGAGAGCACUGGCGAUUAGGCACAAAGUGGAGGAGACACCUGUGCCGAGACCCAACCAUGACGUCGCCAAGCGACUAGAGAUUCUCUCCGUAACAGAAGACAACUCAAGGGUAGCUUCAAACGGCGCCGAACCGCAUUCCUCAGAAGAAGGGGACGCUGCAGACUGGGAGACUCGGGACUGGGAGGAGGAUUUAUCAACACCUCCUCCUGCUAGCCGGAAUGAUAGAAAGAGUCUGGUGGAAGAUAACGACUUUGGGGGCAUGAGCACAUCUCAGCCCCCCAAAAGCAGUGGCUCCAAACCGAGGGGCCGUGGCGCCGUCCGCUUCGGGGGAGGUUCCUUGUACAGCGAUCGUGGGGAGUCCGAAGGGCCAGAUAACUGGGGCGAAAGAGAAACGCGCAGCGCGUCGAAAGCGGACGAGGCAGAAAUCUGGCUCCGAUCCGAAAGCGCCGGGGGAGCGUCCGACAGUGUUCGAUAUCCCGACGAGUCCGAUUUACCUGUUCCCGGGGGGUCCGGCAGAGCAGACACGUCCGAAGAUUGGGCAGCGGACCGACCCCCCCUGGCGAGCACGAGCGGGAUGGACCAUGUGAUUGAAGUGUAUGGGUUUGCACCUAGCGUGAAAACGAUGGAUUUGGAGACGCUGUUCUGGGGGUAUAGGGAAGAGGGCGUCACGAUCAAGUGGGUGGACGACACGCACGCGGUGGCGGUGUUUCGGCGGCCUUCAGCAGCACGGGCCGCCCUAGACUCCAUAAACGAUAGUAAGUUCAAGCUGCGGCCAUUUGCGGAGGCGAGCCUCUCGGCGCUACGGUUGCCUGCGGAAGAGCUGCAACCACCGCUUCCUCGGCCCAAAACCACGGCGCGGGCUGCUCGGCGACUCAUCGCCAGUGCGCUCGACGACAAGAACGUCAAGAAGGCGGUCAGGGCCAUGAGCAAUCCGUCAGACGAGAGGCGGCUGGAAGCGGAGCGGAAAUCGAAGAGGAGUUUGACGCACCAGCUAAGAGCGGAUGCUUGGGGAGACGGUUAUUGAUGGCCAAGUACUUACGUCAAGGAACCUUUGUCCAUAAGGUGAAGGUUGUGCGGUAGGUACACCUGAAGUUUGUCUUUCCAUUCAGGCGCUGAUGUCAGAACGGAAAGGUCUGGUCGAGUGAAUUCCCUGACAGGUUCGAGCAACUGUGACUAUCAUUAUGUCUUCCCCUACUUAGCGCUGCUCAGUGUUAGACAAGACUCCCCGGGCCGGGCCGGGUCCGGAGAAGAUUAUGCUGCUGAGUGUUGUUGAUUAUUCGGACGCUCGAUUUUGGACAUGCGGGCCAUGCUAGUCUGUCGGACCUGGCACGCGGGGACGGCCGCCUUGUGCCGGUUUGUACUAUAAGCCGUUGCAAUGAUCCUUGUUAUUUAGUCG